AACGCAUGCGCGAUAGCGCCGCGAGCCUGUCGAUGACUGGGGCUCGAAGCAGCGGCAGUUGUAAGGGCGCAUGCGCGGCGAGGCAGUAGGCGAUAGCCGCUCGAGGCGGUGGCGCCAGCUGUGAAAAACAUGCAUCAUCCAUAAAGACAACCCUCCACCCUUGUAGUGCAAUGGAAGACUCGGUGAAGUCCUUGCCCAUGAGUACUUUACAAGGGAAUCAGUUUGUGGCCUGGGACAAGAUGACCAGUGUGGAGAAGGACUGCCCUGUGAUGCCAGCAUUCCUAGAUGAUGACAUGUUAAAACAAUUUGCCAGGCAAGGACAUUGGGCAAAGAACCACUCUCUAAGGGGCAAAGUCUAUGAGCAAAUCAUCAAAGCUGUCCCAUGCAGGACUGUGACUCCAGAUGCUGAGGUCUACAAAGAUAUUGUGGAGAAAAUCACUUGGAAAAGGAAUGCUUCCACAUUAUCACUGCCAGAAUUUGUGGAUGGCAGCACCACCCCAAACUAUUGCCUGAAUGUGAAUGGAAUUGGUGCAGUUAGGAAGAUAGUGGUGUGUAUUUCCAGCCAGUUUCCAGAUAUCUCUUUCUGUCCUGUGCUUCCAGCCAUCGUGGCGCUGCUCCUGCACUACAGUGCAGAUGAAGCAGACUGCUUCGAAAAGGUCUGCCGUCUCCUGGCCUGCAAUGACCGGACAAAACACUUCUUCGACCAAACCUUUCUAGCCUACAAAUCCUCCUGCAUGACCUUCGGAGACUUAGCUAACAAAUACUGCCCGGGAGCUCACAAGUUGAUUGUGAGUGCUUCAGAGGAUGUACUAGAAGUUUACUCUGAUUGGCUGCGAUGGAUAUUUGGAGACUUCCCCUUUAACUAUGCCAUUCGUGUGUUGGAUAUCUUCUUUGUCGAAGGAUGUAAGGUCCUGUACAGGGUGGCACUAGCUCUCCUCAAGUUCUUUAACAAAUUCAGAAUCAAACAGCCCGGGAAAUCUGCCAAUGUUCGAGCUGACAUUCAGAGCUUUGCCCAGGGGAUCAGUGAGCACAUCUCAGUUGAGAAGCUGUUAGAGAAGGCGUUUUCCAUUCGUCUAUUCUCCCGUAAAGAGCUCCGUUUACUCAGAGAUGCUAAUGAGAAAGCACUGAAGAAAAAGGGAAUCACUGUCAAUCAAAGGAGACAUAAUGUCCACCUAGCUGUCAAUAUUGAAAAUUUCAAUUCCAAUAUUGUCAGUGCAAAGGAGAUGAGAGAGAUUUGGUCCUGGAUCCCAGAACGAUUUGCACUUUGCCAACCAAUGUUGAUUUUCUCUACGAUGGACCAUGGUUAUAGUUUGAACAGAUUUUACAGUCAUUGUGAGGGUUAUGAGCCAACCAUCAUUCUCAUCAAAACAACUCAGGAUGAGGUCUGUGGAGCCUACCUUUCAACUGACUGGAGAGAAAGAAGGCGGGAAGGAAACAAGCUAAGCUAUUUUGGCACAGGGGAAUGCUUUGUGUUCAAGCUGCAGCCUGAAAUGGUGCGAUAUGAAUGGGUUAUCAUUAAGCAUCCCGAGCUGGAAGUGGCUAAAGGUUGCUCAGACUCAUUUGCAGAUUCACCAGAGCAGCCCAGUGUUUUGGAUGCUGAAUCCUGUAAAGAGCCGGGUUUACUCGCUUCCUGUGAAGACCCCUCAGACAGAUUAUCACCUUUUCUUGCUACUCGUCACUUCAGCUUGACCACCAAAGCCACAUCCAUGUUCAUGGCUGGAAAUCCAGACUCCAUUAUAGUUGGUGGUGGUGGCUGUCCUGCAUUGUACAUCGACGAGAACCUGAAUCACGGCACAACUGGACACUCCAGUACCUUUGACAACCUUCCUCUGUGCUCAGAAACUUUUCAGAUCAGUACACUGGAAGUGUGGGGCUUCCAGGACAAUGUUUCCAAUUGAAGGCAUCUUUGGGAUGUAUCCUGUCUCAUGAAAUCUCUACAAUCAUAUCAUCCAUUUUUUUAUGUGUAGCGUCUUCAAUAUUGGAUUCCUGCUAAGAUGUUUGUUAGUGCAGUAUUAUUUUUGCUUCAGACUCCAUUGAGUCAGAAGUCCACCAUGAUGGUGCUCAAAAUGCUAAAAAUAACAGUAGCUGAUGGAGAUCUAAAUUAAAAACAAACUUGGAGAUAUCAGUCAACUUUUUGAGGAGAGAGAGACAGCUAAUGAUAAGUUUUGAUCUUAAAUGUUAAUUUCUUUUCUCUUUCUAUAGAUACUGAUUAUCUUAGUGUUCUCUGUUUUUGUUUUGUCUAUAUAGUACCGUCUGUAUUUUUCUGACUUCAUGCCAGUUUCACCUAUCAUGAACCUAUCAGUAGCAAAAGAUCUAACUUCAUGGAUCCAGAAUUGGUCACUCUGUAAGGAUGGGAUGCACCAUUAUGUGAAUUAGCUCUGUGUUUCAGUUGUAUUACAAGAACAAGCUAGAAAUUUGUCCUUGUUCAUGUGCAUGAUGCAAAAGCAUUUGCUACUUGUACUUCAUUUCUGACUUCAGUGGAACUAAACUUCGGAUGUUGUGUUUAGUGAGCAAAACUACCCAUGUGCUUGGGACAAACUUCUAACCCUUACCAUCUUUCUAAAUUUAUAAUUAUAUAUAUUCAUUUAUUAAGUUGCAAUGAGGAAUGAAGUACCUGUGUGCACAUUAUCAAAUUGUAUGCUCUAAUGACAUGGGAGACUGUUUAAGUGCAGUCUGGGUCAUUGAGCAACAAACAAUCUGCUAGAACUCCGCAAGUCAAGCAGCAUCUGUGGAAGGGAAGGAAUUGUUGACAUCUUGGGUUGAAAACCUGCCUCAAGAUUUCCUUUCCUCUCACAGUUGCUGUCUAACUACUGAAUUCUUCCAGAGGAUUGUUACUGUGGGUUCCAACAUCUACAGUUUCUUGUGACUCCUGAGUCACAGUGAGGUUGGAAUACUGCUUGUGGGGAGCUGCCAACUGGAGAAAACAGGUUAAUUAAUGCACAGUGCUAAAAACAAAAGAGUUUGUUUUGUAAUCUAAUUUAUGCACAUUUCCAUAAGCUUUUCUUUUUCAUUUAUCAUUUCAGUAUUGUUUCAAAUUGCACUUUUCAAGCUAAAUGCAGAUGGGAGAACAAUCUUUCUUAUCAAGUGCACUAUUUUACUUUGGUGAGAUGUCUUUGCAUGCUGCAGGUUAAAUUCAUUCAUCUUCCAUACCAAUUACUGCCCUCAGCUAACCCAAAUAGUUGUGCAGAUUCUAUCUCAAGAAACAGUUAUUCCUAUAAAUCAACAGAGAGGGCAUGACCCAAUUGAAUUUCCCUUCCCUCUUUAAAGCCAACUUUGGCAGCUAUUGCUGGCAAGCUGGGGAUUGGUUCAUCAGUGCUGGCAUCAGUGCACCUGGCACCUCAACAUGAUUGGCAUGGCUGAUUCUGGAAUCCAACAGUGCAUAUCCUAAAUGGUUUUAUGGAUAUUCAAUCUCCAUCAGAAUCACAAAUGUGUGCACAACUAAGCUUUUUCCCCCUCAGUAUUCUGCAUAAUGUUUUUAAAUUUGUAUGACAAUUCUCAGUGUUACUAUCAAACUCUUGGAAGCAGCUACUCAUUUGUUUACAAGGACUGAUUGCAAUGUGUCCUGUAUAUUAUCUGGCUACAUUCUCAUAUCACAACCAGAAGGUUGAGAUUCAUUCAGAAACUUGCUGCACCCCAGCCAGGCAUAAUAAAGUGUAAGCUGCCUCUUUGAGCGGGGAAAAAAAUCCUUUAACAUAUAUCUUAAGAGAUAACCUCUUGACCAACUUAAAUCAAAGAGGUGGUUGUGGGCUUAACUAAUUUUUUUAUGGUGCCUUAUUUAAGAGUAGUGUUUAUCUGUAUCAUUCUUUCCUUCUGUUAGCAAUGUAAAAAUUCCAGUGUUCCAACAAUUGUGGAAAAGGAGUUGGAAUGUCAAUUAUAACACAUUUUUAUGCUCAAAGCCUCUGGCCAUUACUAGCAAUCAUACACUCAAAAACUGGUCAUGUCCAUUAUUUUAGUGGAAGAGUUAUCAUGCUUACAAUAAAUGGAUUAAAUACUAAAUAGAUAAAGGUUCAUCAGUCAUCUCCGCACAUUUGCACGGAGCAUGGCUCAGGGCCACAACUUCCAUCUUUCUUCUUGGUCAUUUUUUUUCCCUUGAGGUGUUUUAGGGAUAUUAGCAGAUUGGACAUCAGUUACUGCUUGACUCCCACAGGCUACCAUAAUUCCUGGCAAAAGAUUGUUCAUUUUUAAGAUCAACCUUUCAGAACUGUUUGUGUAGAAAAAGUUCAUAAAACAAUAUAUAACCUCCCAGAUGGCAAUAAUCCAAGCUAGAGCAUUAAAUUAAAUAAUGAUAACAUUUGCUAACUGGACACUUAAUGUUAUAUGGUCCUAAAACCAAUGACAAGUAAGUGACAAAGUGGGGGCAUAAAAAUGGUGAGCUUGUCCUUCAGUGCAGGAAGCUAUUGAAGACUAAACCAUUGAUAGCUGCUUACACUAAUUUAGCACUAAAUUACACUAAUUUAAAGGAAAAAGCCCUUAAAACAACCAUUGCUACAUGAGGCCACUUAUAGCUUGGAGUCAGUUUUACAGAAGCAGCUGCUUUUGUUCACAAGCUCACCUGUUUUAAAGGGCUCCUGUUACCAGAGUUUAUGGGUGAAUUGUGUCUAUUUGGAUUAAACUAAGUUUAUAGAAUAUUGACUUCAUCUUUGGAAGCAAGUUUUGUAGAACACAACCUGAAUUAGAGCAUUUAUCUUUUGCUUGGAAUUUACAAGUUGAAUAAUCAUGAAAUCAUUCCAAGAUCGCCAGUUCAGGCAUACAGUUUCAGGACUCUGGGACAGUGCAAUUGUUGCCUUCCACAAGAGAGGUCAUAUUUUGGAUAAGUGCAAUAUUUUUUUUUAAUUGGUGAACCAUAUCAUUGGAACCUGAGCUGUGCAUUAAUAUAGGAUGUUUGUACAUAUCUGUGUUCCGGCCAUCUGGCGGUGGUUGGGCUGUUCUUGCAAAAACAGCAGGCACACAGCGAGGCAGCUGAGGGCAAAAUAGGGGCAACUGUUUACUUUCACAUUCAAACCAUUGUAAAUACCUCCAUGCAACUGUGACUUUGUAUUUGUAAUCCAUUAUGAUGCAUUACUGUUGAUGUGAGAAAGUGGUCUAUGGUCAAGGAGAAUAUCUUUGGUAGAUGAUAUUAGACUUGUGUAUUGUAUUUAAGUAUUGCGUGCCACCAGUGUGUAUUGUUCAAGGCUAGUGAGAAAAGGCUUAAUUGUAUCAGGGCACCUGAAGCCUUUAGUAGUUUGAAGGUGCUGUCACGUUGUUGUAGUUCCAUUUGUGUAAGUGUUUAUGGUUCUGUUAUUGUUCAGCCACUGCAGGCCAGAACCCACCUUUCAGUAAGGCUCCUGAUCUCUCUGUGCCUGUGGUAGCACUGAGCAUCAUCAAACACUGACAGGUGGCAUGAACGCUGUCCCCACACCAAAAGCAAGGAAGAGAUCUUCAUUUCUGAAGUCCCUUGUGUAGUGGAUGGAGAUAUAGCACUAAUUGCCCUAAGUGAAAGGUAGAAGCAAUGAUAUGAUCCACGAUCCCUGUAGACCAGAGAUGCUCACAGCUCCAACAAAGUGUUGAUGUUUAUUAUGCUUUAAAAUAAUGUGAUUAAUCCAUAUCUUCAACAAUAUUGAACAAAGUUAAUGAGAAAUUUGUGAAUAUUCCAUAUAAAUGUAUCAGUCUAGCUCUGUUUUCUUCCCCUUAAUUUGUUUCUUGACAUACUCAAUUCCGUACGUGAAAGACCUUCGUACUAUAAAGGGGAAAAGAAACUUACUUCUUGG